AUGUCUUAUUCGACAAUCGUCGUCCAACCCUCGGAGCCACACACGCAUACGGUGGUCUUCCUCCAUGGGCGUGGCGACAACGCGCAAAACUUUGCGGCGUCGUUGGUGUAUUCCCGAGACUCUCGGAACCGCACCCUCGCGGACGCGUUCCCUUCGUUCCGCUGGGUGUUUCCCCAGGCGAAAGUAGGGCAGUCGGCGGCGUUCCCCGGCGGUGCGGUGUCGCAGUGGUUCGACAUAUGGAACGUGUCUGACUUCUCCGAACGCGAAGGGAUCCAGACCGAGGGGUUGAGGGAGAGUGUCGCCGGCAUACGAGAGAUCAUCGCCUCCGAGGCUCGACUGCUGGAGGGCAGGUGGAGUCGCAUUGUCCUCGCGGGCAUCAGCCAGGGGGCGGCAACCGGCGUCCACACUCUCCUCAACCUCGAUCUUCCCCAAGGAGAAGACAGAUUGGGGGCUUUUCUCGGCUUCUCUUGCCGCAUGCCGUUUCCUGGGAGAACUCUGGCGGAGACGCGGGCGGUCUUGGGGCUGCAAAACGUUCCGGAAGGCAACGUUCUGUUGCGUCAGACUCCCGUGCUGCUCGAACAUUGUGUCGAUGAUCCGCUCGUACUGGUUGCGAAUGGUCGUGUUCUGAGAGAUACGUUACUUGGAUUCGGUGCCCAAGUAGAAUGGAAAGAGUAUCUGAAUGGAGGGCACUGGUUUAAUUCACCGGCCGGUAUGGAUGAUGCUGUCAAAUUCUUGGAGUCUCAACUGGGAUGA